GUGUAACCAUGGCAACAGCAGCUCGCGUCUAGCCACCCCUACAACACAGACUACACAGAGUAUAGUCAGGACUGGCUAUUUUUAGGGUGAUUAAGUGGACAAAUAUAGUAUAAAGUUAUAUUGUGUCACUUUCACUACUUUUUCAUAAGUUGUUUGACUUUUCACAUCGCAGGACUUGGCCGCUACACAGCGUUUCCUGUCGGGUUUGAGCUGUCACGGAUGUCUGACAAGAAUGAAAGAGAUUCUUUAAACACUCAAGGGGAAGAACCUGUGAAAGUGAACUACAUUUUCCCAAAUGGGGACAGAUAUGAGGGGGAGUGCAGCAGAUCUGCUUCAGGGGUGAUAACAAGGAGUGGUUUUGGUAAACACACCUCAGCAAGUGGUGUUAUAUACACUGGAGAGUGGCACGAGGACAAAAUGCAUGGCAGAGGGACCCUCCAGCAUCCCUCCAAAGCAAAAUAUGAAGGAGAGUUCAAAGACAACAUGUACCACGGCACAGGAACAUACACCUUCCCGGAUGGCUCCAUGUACACGGGCCACUUUAACAAGAACAGGCUGGAGGGAGAAGGGGCGUUCACUAACACGGAGGGACUGGUGUGGAUGGGGGAGUUUCACGGCAAAGCAGCGCUGGGACUGAAAAUGCAGCACAACAUAUAGACUAAAAAAAGCAUUUUUGUACCAGACUGUGUAAAACAUUGUAUGAUAUAUUCUACAUUAAAACCAUAUAAGAAAAGACUAAUUAUCUCGUCUUUACAUAUUCCUCUGUGCAAGUGAUAAAUAGAUUUACUAUACUAAAUGCUGACAGAUCACACACAGGCCUCACAGGCCUGAGAUCACACAUCCAUGUAUUUCUGUGUACUGAUGGUUUAAUAUCACGCAAUCAAUGAGUCAUGUCUCUUGCUCUCAGCUGUAUCUCCUGCUUUAAUGGUCCUGGUGCUCCGACACAGCAAGUGUCUCUUUGUGUGAGCCUCAUUUCACUCAGGAAAUAUUAUACUAUUGUAUUGUUUCUGUUCCAACUACAUAUCACUCUGCUUUCAUGUAGCUGUAGGAGAUGCAUUCAGGUGCACUGAAGACCGGGUAGACACAGACACUAAAUAACAUCCCCAAAAUGAUUCAUUUGUCCCCAGUGAUACUGUAUCUUGACCCUAUCAGGGUUAAGAAUGAGUACAGGACAGUUUUACAUCAUUACACUGCCAGCCAAUCAUAGAGAGGGCAUAUGCUCCCAUCCUCAGCCACAACAGCUGUACCCAAACUGUUGGAACAUUGGCCCGAGGAAAUGUGUGAUGUGAUGUGAUGUGAUGCGAGUGUGUGGUCAGUUUGACCUUUACUGUUUGUGUGUAUGGGUGUGUACACAGCUUUGUGUGUUGACCAGCUUUCUACACUCUGUUAUCUGCACGACUUCCUCAGAGCUGCAAUGUAAUUCAUAGUCAACAAACAUUCACAAUUGUUCAACAUUGUUUAAUAAGCAACUCUGAUAUUGUAAUUUGUCUUUCUAUUGAAUAAUGCCUCUACAGAUCAGUAAUUGCACAUACCCCUGAACAAAUUCAGUGUAGAGUAUUCAUCUAGACUAUGCUUAUAUGGAAAUGUGUAACAAAAACACAUAUAUACUGUAGUAACAUCCAUACAAUGCUUAACACAUCUGGUAAAAUAUUGUACCAGAUACAGUAAAACAGCUAUUUUCAUUGAUUGUACAAUUUUCAGGUAGAAAAUAACAUCUUGUAUUGCAAACCUUCAGAGGCGAUUCGAAUGAAAAACCUUAAAUACAACAAUGGAGGCAACAACAACCAAAUAAAAAUAGAAAAUGGCACUCAAAUUUGGCACGAGAUACAAUAGUUGAAACGUAACUGACAUAGAUACACACUUACAAUGAGUUAUUGUGUUGAGUGACUGUGUGAAAAUGUACUAACACCCCGACAACGACCUACGCGGCGGCAGUGCUUCAGGUGUUAGUUCAGUGUAAGAAUGUGACGAUAAUGUGUAUUCAUCACAGCAGGUAGUGAAGCUAGAGUGAGCUAUAGUUGCAAUAUAUUAUCUCCAUAAACCUGAGAAUCUAUUAAGUAUACAAUAUUAUUUUCAAAGAUUUCUAUCUCCUGAUGAAGAAAAACAGUAAAAUCCCUUGUAAUGCAGAACACAGAAACAUUUUCUAAUUGUGCUGGAAACAUCGUUGGUCAAAAAAAAAAAAAGCUGUUCCAAAUACAGGUACUCAGAAAACAGAACGGUGGCCAUGCACAUUUCCACAGAGAAGCACGAGUCAAGACUUAAUUAUUGAUCUAUACAAAGAUAAUACAUAACGGCUCUUGACCCCUCACAGCGAGUAGAUAACAAAAAAAAAAGUGAGCAUGCUAUUUGUCUUCUGUGCUUGUUUGUGUGUGCUUUAGUAGAGACGUUUCCACUUAAGAGCUCUCAAGUACAAACUCUGAUAGGUAGGGUAAGGUACAGUGAAGACGUACUAGAAAAAAAAACAAAAAAAAACAGCACCAUUUUUGUGACAACAAAGUGCUCACCAAGGCCACCAGGAGCUCAGUGGUUUAGUGUGGUGGUCGGGCAGAUGGAGAGGGAGGUGGCCUGUAAAAGUAGUGAAGACGGUGAGCUGAAGGAUUCCUGCUAUUCUGAUAAUUGCUGAGGUUGGAUAUGUGUGUGCGAAUAAAUCCUGGAUGACAUCAGUGAUUACAGAUUUGCGACUUCUGGAUUUGAUAAGAUUACGGAAGUGUCUAACAUAUCUGGAAUAGCAAGAAUUCUGUGUAAGGUACAUUUUUCUAUUUUAAAAGUGAACAAAUAGGAUAGUUUCUUUUUUUCUUCUCCUCUCAACAUCUGCCCUUUUUCAGAUAACUGCUUCUAUUCUUUUUGCACACACACUUUACAUUCGUGAACACUUACAGCUGUCAUAUUAGUUUUUUUUUGGGUGAUCAUUAUGCCAUGAGAGGAAACGGCUCCCACUCUUACAUUUGGACUAUCAAAAUGACCCUGUGGUCUGUUUCCAAAAAGCCUUUUUUUCCCCUAGAAAA